UGGUGUUUGGCUCUGCACCAGAGGCCACAGGGAUGACUAGCAACUUCUCCUCCCCCAGCGGGCGAAGAGACUUCUUUGAGGAGGCUUUGUUCAAGAACCUCGCAGUGGUUCUGUUUGGCCUUGUUAUUAACUAUAUCAAUGGGACCCUGUUGUACACCUUCUUCACCAACGAGUCCUUCCACAGCGACUCCAGGUACAUCCUGUACAUGCAGCUGAUCAUCAAUGACAGCAUCAAGAUGUCUUUCAUUGUGCUCUUGCUUGUCAUGUCAUAUGUCUGCCCUUUCCUAAAUGUGUCCGUGUGUAUAAUUCUGAUUCUAAUAGGAAGCAACACUCAUAAGAACGCUCCUCUGAACUUGGCAAUCAUGUCUAUUGAACGCUUUGUAGCCAUCUGUCAUCCUUUACAGCACCCUCUGAUCUGCACAGUGAGUAGGACCUAUGCGCUCAUCGCCUGUAUUUGGGUUGUAGGGGCCAUCCCUGGGUUCAUAGAUGUCAUUAUCGCCUUUGUCUUAAAGCCUUUGUCAUUUUUCUCUACCGGUAGGAUGUGCUAUCAUCAGAAUGUCUUUGACUCAGUUCACAAUUAUAACAACAACUAUGCCACCAAUAUCCUUUACAUGUGCUUUGUGUGGAUCACAUUGAUCUACACUUACUUUAGAGUGAUGCUUUCGGCCAAAGCUGCAACCUCGGAUCCAGUUUCAGCCAGAAAAGCCCAGAUUACUAUACUACUGCAUGGGGUGCAGCUGCUACUCUGUAUGCUGUCCUACAUCACUCCUGUCAUGGACACUACCCUCAUCAUCCUAUUCCCCAACUUCCGCUCCAUCAUACUGUUCUGCAAUAACAUCCUAACUAACAUGUUACCCCAGCUGCUCAGCCCUCUCAUCUACGGUCUACGAGAUCAGAAGUUUAAGAAGCACAUGAAGGGUUCUCUUCUUUGUAUGAAAACCAAUCCGGUGGUGAAACCUAACUGAAACCUAAAGCACUCAGGGAUUAUUCAGUGGGGUAAACCAGUGCAACAUGUAGAACAUUGCUACUAGACAUUUCUACUGCACUUACAUGAAUGUUGUCAUGUGCAGUGCUCCACUUGUUGCAUGAGCCAAUGGUGAAAUAAUGUAGUCUGAGUUUAAACGUGUGCAAUUAUUGCUAUACUGCACACCUAAGUAAUAAACCAUCUGCUCUAUAAUCUGGUAUUGCCCUUUAUCAAGCACAGCAGGUAAUGCUUACAUACAGAACAUUUCAUUAAAUUGUGUUACUGACCAUUGUGUUACUUUUAAAUGCAGCAUGAGCCAAGGUGUUUCAAUUGGUACCUGUACGUAAUCGGUUCGUUUGAAUGUCUCCAUGAUAUUAUUGGAACAUUCAGAAACUAUUCCCAUCUCAAUAUGAUCCCCUCUUGCCUCUAGUUUGUUUUCACCUUUGAAAGAUCCCAUUGGGGUAUUAGGCUAUUAUCAACAUUAACUACUUCUCCAAGGAAUUACGGUCACAUCACAAUCCUUACCACAAUUUCACACUUCAAUAUUCUAUUGUUUUGAACUAAUUAUUGAUCUAUAACAGAAAAAUUGAAGGGGAUUUCAUUCCACAGAUCCACAAAUGAGACGUGAUACACAGGUUUAAAGCACAAAAUAUGACUUCCUUAAAUUUUAACACUGGUAGAAUAAACAACCCACUGCAAACAGCAUGAUUUUAUUUUCACAUAUGCACAACUGUUCAAAAGUUUGGGGUCACUUAGAAAUGUCCUGGUUUUUGAAAGAAAAGCACAAAAAAAUUUGGUCCAUUAAAAUAACAAAAUGGAUCA